UCACGCCCUUACACAGGUGUCCAAAUAUACACUCGCUUCCUCCAGGUUCGCCUGUCAGACUAACUUUGGGGCGAAGGUCUUUGUCGUUCGGGGCACACACAACCACGCACUCGCAGUUCCUGAAUAAUAGAAAGAUGUCCACUCUCAUCAGAAAGAUUAUUAACACCGCGAAAGCACCGGCUGCCAUUGGCCCCUACAGCCAAGCAGUGCUGGUGGACAGGACCUUGUACAUCUCUGGUCAGCUGGGCAUGGACGUGGCCUCUGGUCAGCUGGUCCAGGGAGGAGUGCAGGCUCAGGCCAAACAGGCUCUGGUCAACAUGGGGGAGAUCCUUAAAGCUUCAGGCUGCAACUACACUAACGUGGUGAAGACGACCGUCCUGCUGGCGGACAUUAAUGACUUUAACUGCGUCAAUGAAGUGUACAAGACAUUUUUCUGCAGCAACUUCCCUGCCAGAGCUGCCUACCAAGUGGCGGCGCUCCCCCGUGGUGGUCUGGUGGAGAUCGAGGCGGUGGCGGUUGUCGGUCCUCUCGCCGACUCUUGACUAGGCGGCCAUCUUGCCAACAAGUUAUAGCACGACAGGUUUUUUUUUUUUUCCAGA